AUGUCGUAUGACAAUGAAAACGAUAAAUUCUUGUCAUUUACUCGUAAAAAAUGUUUUAUUGGUAUUUUAUUAUUGAACGGAAUACUGGGAAUAAUGUAUUAUUUUCGAGCACAAUCAAUAACCAUUAAAACACCUACAAAUAUUGUAUCAUUUUAUGAAGAAAAUAUUCCUACAUCAUUAAAAACUUUGAGAAAUAUUUUCAAAAAUGAUUAUAUACAAAAUGAUUUAACAUCAUUUUACUCAACAGUUCAUCGUGAAUUACAAUUGGGAUUUCGAUGCUUAAGAACAAACACAAGUUUACUUACACAGAGAAUGAAACGUUCGAAAAAUUUGUACCAGUACGAAGUAAAUAAUUCCAUAGCAUGUAUUCAUAAUAAAACUAUUGAUUUAUUAAUAAUGAUUAUAUCAAAAUCGGACAAUUAUAAAGUUCGUGAUGCUAUUCGUCGUACAUGGGGAAAUAUUGGUUAUCUACAUUCAAAAACACCAUUUAUCACUAUUAAACUAUUAUUUAUAAUUGAUCUUGAUGAAAAUUAUAUACGAAAUAUUUACUUAGAAAAUGAAUUAUUUAAUGAUAUAAUUCAAGUUCAAUUACCACCACGAUAUACAUUAGUCACAUAUCGUGUUAUGUCUAUUCUAGAUUGGUCAGCAAGAUUUUGUCGACAAGCAAAAUAUAUAUUUAAAACAGAUGACGAUAUUUUCAUUAAUUCACCAUUAUUAAUUCGUUAUGUUUUAAAUCUAAUUUCAACAUCCAUUUCAAAUAUUACAAAUUCUACAUCGAAUAUAAAACAAUUAAAACAUUUUAAUCCUAAUUCAUUUGAUUUAUACGGUUAUAAACAUUCUAAUCCAGGUGUAUUUCGACAUUCUGAUGAUCUUGUUAGUCAACGUUAUGUCAUUACAGAUGAUGAAUAUCCUUGUUCAAGAUAUCCUGACUUUUUAAGUGGUUUUGGUUAUUUAAUACCAUCUGUUGUACGUGAUGCUUUAAUUUAUGCAUUUUAUUACGAUGAUCAUCCAUUUAGAAUCUCAGAUGUAUAUAUAACAGGAAUAUUACCUGAUUAUUUGGAUAUACGACGAACACCAAUGUCAAAUUAUAACAUACGAUAUUCAGGUAGUUGUGAUCAAUUUUUCGAUAACUAUAAACAAUCGUUUGCCUGCGCCUCGGGUGAACAUCAUGGAGAUAAUACAGAUGUGUUCAUUUUAUAUAAUAAAUAUUGGAAAAUUCUUAAAGGAAACAUACAAGCAAUCUAUGCUUAA